CGAAAUUGAGCCCAGACAUAAAGAAGACGUGGAAGCAGAGUUAAGAUGAAAACGGAAAAGAUAUAGUUUAUAUUCAGUUAUUUGCACUUUGUCUGUAAUGUGAGUUGACAUUGCGUCGUUUAUAAUGGACACAGCUAAACUGAACGAGUAUGCACGGAGCAAGUGCUUGGAGCUGAAGUAUGAGGACGUUGGAUGUGUUGGCCCUGGUCACAUGAAAACAUUUACUAUCAGAGCAGUCCUGGGUGGUAAGGCGUAUCCUGAUGGUGUGGGGAAGAGCAAGAAGGAAGCCAAACAGAACGCAGCAAAGAAUGCUCUGAGAGUCUUGUUUGGGAAGCCAGAUGACUCUCCUGGAGAGGAGAAACAGAGUGGUGCAUCAAGCCAAUCAGAAGAGAAAUUGGAUCCAAAGGUGUCGGACGUCUGUGAUAAGAUAAGGAGCGUGAGUGUGAGAACCAAAGACGAAGGUCUUACAAAGACAAAUUUCAUAGGAAUCGUCAACACCUACUGUCAGAAAACAAAAAACUCCUCUGAUUACAUCUUAGAGAAAAAAUGCGGCCCACCUCAUAAGCCUCAAUAUUUCUACAAAGUAGUGAUCAACUGCCCUGUGGGUGAGGGCAAGAGUGUCAAGGAAGCCAAACAAAAUGCAGCUCGCCUGGCUUGGUCUGCUCUUCAAGAACAGUCAGACUUGGACAGCAAGGUUGCUGUCAAAGACAAGAGUAUUGGAAGUAGUCAGAAUGAGACAUCCACCCAGUCAAGGUUUACCUCAGACUUCGAUCCCAUGGAGUGUCUUGGCAGUGGAGUCUUUGGGUGUGUUUUCAAAGCAAGACACAAACUGCUGAACAAGUUUUAUGCUGUAAAGAUUGUCCGCUGUGAAGAGAAAGCUCUUCAAGAGGUGGAGACAUUGUCUGACCUCCACCACCGUAAUAUCAUCAGAUACUACACAUUUUGGAUGGAGGAUUCAGGAUACCAAUGGGACAUUUCAGCUGGCAGUUCAGCUUACACUGUCAGCUCUUUCAAGCCUACAGAUAAGUCAUCGUCAAAGUACCUCUAUAUUCAGAUGGAGUUAUGUGACACCAAAACACUGAGAGUGUGGAUUGAUGAGAAGAACGCUCAGCCUCUGCAAGACUCCAAGAGAAGAGAAGAAAGUCUGAGAAUUGCUCAGCAAAUAGUCAGUGGAGUUGAAUAUGUUCACUCAAAGAGGCACAUCCACAGGGACCUUAAGCCUGAGAACAUCCUGUUUGGACUGGAUGGAGAAGUGAAGAUUGGGGACUUUGGUCUGGUCACCAGGGAUGCUGAUGGAGAUGUUGUGAUGGAGAGAACAGGGUACAGAGGAACUCCAACUUACAUGGCUCCUGAACAAAGGAAGAAGGCCUAUGACCGAAAAGUGGACAUAUUUGCUCUGGGGUUGAUAUACCUGGAACUCCUUUGGAAAGUCUCUACUGGCCACGAAAGAGGAGAGGUUUUGGAUAACGCCAGACAUCAGAAGCUCCCCAAAUGGUUUGCACUGACUUUUCCCAAAGAGAACCGAAUCAUCAAGUCAAUGCUGCGUGAGAAGCCAGAGGACCGGCCUGAAGCAAGUCAACUGAAGACAGAGCUGGAGAAAGAAAAUGAUGCUGUCAAGGACAGGAAUAUGGGAAAGAGUCAGAAGGAGUCAUCCAACCAGUCAAGGUUUACUUCAGACUUUGAUCCCAUGGAGUGUCUUGGCAGAGGAGGAUUUGGCUGUGUUUACAAAGCAAGAGAUAAACAGCUGAACAAGUUUUAUGCUGUAAAGAUUGUCAGCUGUAAAGAGAAAGCCCUUCGAGAGGUUUGGACAUUGUCAGACCUCCACCACCGUAAUAUCAUCAGAUACUACACAUUUUGGAUGGAGGAUUCAGGAUACCAAUGGUAUUCUGAAUCAUCUGACAGCGACAGCUCUGUCGAAUCUACAGAUAAGUCAUUGUCAAAGUACCUCUAUAUUCAGAUGGAGUUAUGUGACACCAAAACGCUGAGAGAGUGGAUUAAGGAGAAGAACGCUCAGCCUCUGCAAGACUCCAAGAGAAGAGAAGAAAGUCUAAGAAUUGCUCAGCAAAUACUCAGUGGAGUUGAAUAUAUUCACUCCAUGAAGCACAUCCACAGAGACCUUAAGCCUGCAAACAUCCUGUUUGGACUGAAUGGAGAGGUGAAGAUUGGGGACUUUGGUCUGGUCACCAGAGAUUAUGGCAGCACUGAUGAUGAUGAUGAUGACGAUAAUGACUCUGCUGUGAAGGAGAGAACAGGGUGCAAAGGAACCCCAUCUUACAUGGCUCCUGAACAAAGGUCAGAAAAGCCAUAUGACCGAAAAGUGGACAUAUUUGCUCUGGGGUUGAUAUACUUUGAACUCCUUUGGAAACUCUCUACUCUUCAUGCAAGAGCCGAGGUUUGGAUGAAUGUCAGAAGUCAGAAGCUUCCUGAAGAGUUCUCACUGACUUUUCCCGAAGAGGACCAGAUCAUCAAGCCAAUGCUGUGUGAGAAGCCAGAGGACCGACCUCAUGCAAGUCAGCUGAAGACAGAGCUAGAGAAGUGGGCGCUAACAUUCAACUCACAAAAUGUGAGUCAGGAAAAUGCAACAUACUGAUUGUCACAAGGAUUUGUCACAAGUCUGAGGAGUGUAUGAAAUGAUGUCUCAUCUGUGAUUUAAUGCAGUGAUUUGAUAUACUGUAUUAAGAUGAUGUGUAAAUAUGAAAUGUGAUUAAUAUUUGUGGGAAAAUAGUUAUUUACUGCACUUAGACACAAUUAAAGAGCAAUCUAAGAAGGGGACCUAAUAUUAUCAGUUUUAUAAUCAGUCAGAAUGAAACAUAAAAUCAAUUUUAUUGUGAUAUAAAUAAAAGUUACUUUUACAGUAAUUCACACCUGUCUUGUUUUUAAUGCUUAAAUGUAUUUAAAGAGAUGUAACAUUACAUCCUUUGGUUAAUAUUUUCAGUUGGAAACCAUUUAAUUUCUGAAGGCAGA